GAAAAUGAAAUUAGGACUAAGGAUAAAUGUCACAUCAUCAAAUGCCACGUGGAUCCGAUGUGGCAUCUAACAUGGCUUUAUAGAAGACAUUGCUAGAUGCAACCAGGACUGUGAUGUGGGUAAAGAGCAACAGAACUGGCCAUGCCCUGUAUGCAACCAGGACAUACCUGAUGCUUGCUGUGCUUAUGAAAGGUGCUUGUUUUGCCGGCCCAAGACCACAGGUCAUGUGCAAAGCUAGCGACCUCUUGAGAUCUCUCAUUAGCCAAGCAUAUACCCGAGCUCUUCUAGAGUCUCGUCCCGUGACAAGUGGUAUUAGGGCGAGGUUUGACAGCCUAGUUACGUGGAAGAGGAUCGUGACGAUGGCAAACCAGGGGGCUGAAGCUAGCAAAGUUGUAGAGGUUCCAGAGGAGAGGGGCCGUCGUGAGACCCGUGGGGACACUCAGAGGACGAGGAGGUCCAAGGCAUUGUCGCCAGCAUCGCGGGAUGCAUUUACAGCCUAUGAGAGUAGGCUGGUCAAGCUCGAGCUAGCCAUGGAUGAUGUCCAUGAGCAGCUAGACACUCUUGAUUCUCGGAUGGAGGAGCAAGAGGACAGGGGCGGUUGUCAAAAUCGAGAUUUUAAAUAAAAUUGUUUUGGUGAGAUAAAAUUUGAAGCGUAAAAUCGAAUCAGUAAAAUUUAAAAUUUAUU